AUGUCUGAGUUUCCACCGGCUCAGCACAAAAGGGCCACAGGCCAAAAGAAACGGGAACGUCAGCCUUUGGUGUUCAUCUAUUUUGACCGCUUGGAUUUUCAUUACAAGAUUGAUCAAAGUACAACAGAUCCUUCUGCUUUCAAAAGGGAACGUCAGCCUUUAGUGUUCAUUUGUUUUGACCGCUUGAAUUUUCAUUACAAGAUUGAUCAAAGUACAAGUGAACCAUCAGCCCUAGAAAGUGAUCAAGGCCAAAUGAAAAACACAGAAGAGGAAUUCACCACGUUAGCUAUCAAAAUAGGUGUAACUGUCGCCAUUUUCCUUCUCAACACUGGUUUGGCCUUUAAAGCCAUUGAGUUGUGCCAAGAAUGCUUGAUUUUACUAAACAAUGGUGAUUUAAGCGCGGACAGUCCAAUUGCUAAAUCAUUUGACGAACGCAUUCGCACCACAGUGAAAAGGGCGUGGCUCACUCUAUGGAAUUCCUCAGGUAGUGAAGAAUAUUUCAGGAAACUUUCACUUCAGCCUAAAGAAGGAAAGAAAUUUUAUGAAUUAGUAAUAAACUUGAUGAAAACGGCCGGAAAAGGACAAAGAGAAGCAGAGUGUUAUAGAAGACUAGGAGUGCUUCUGUGGUCCUCAGGAGAAUAUGACAAAGGGAAAGAAUAUUUUGACUUAGCACUCGCUAUCUAUAUAGAAAUUGGCGACAGACAUGGAGAGGCAACAAGCUACACGAACCUCGGACAAGUGUUCCAGUCGCUUGGCAAAUACGACAAGAAAGCUCUCCCUAUCCAAAUAGAAAUUGGCGACAGAAAUGGAGAGGCAGCAAGCUACACAAACCUUGGACCACUGUUCAUAUCGCUUGGCAAAUACGACAAGGCCCGAGAAUACCUGGAGAAAGCUCUCGUUAUCCAAAUAGAAAUUGGCCACAGAAAUGGAGAGGCAACAAGCUACACAAACCUUGGACAAAUAUUCAUGUCGCUUGGCAAAUAUGACAAGGUCCGAGAAUACCUGGAGAAAGCUCUACGUAUUUACAGGAGAAUUGGCGACAGAAAAGGAGAGGCAGACACUUUAGUAAACCUUGUACAUUUGUUUCUGUCCCUCGGUAAAUAUUUAAAGGCUGACGAUUUUUUGGAGAGAGCGAACGCAAUUUGGAGGGAAAUCGGUGACAGAGAAGGACAAGCACGACAUUUCAGUUGCCUUGGGAUAAUUUCUCAUAAGCGUGGUGAGUACGACAAUGCUCUAGGAUAUUUCAAGAAAGCCCUUGAAAUUCACAUGGAUAUUGGUACGGAAGAAGGUGUUCUUGUCAGUUGCGCAAAUUUAGGAUUGUGUUUUCAAUCGCUCGGUAAAUAUGACAUAGCCGAGGAAUACUUCAAGAAGGCUCUCUUACUAAGCAGGGAUAUUGGAUAUUUCUUGCAUGAGUUUCAAUGCCUUCUUGAUCUAACGGUGUUGAAGGUAUCACAAUUUGAUCUUGAAGAAGCCCUUUCGUCUCUUUUCCAAACCAUUGAAAUAUUUGACACUUUACGAGGAUCUCUUAAAGACAACGAUGAGUUUAAAACAUCACUUUUGGAGAAGCACGGCACCUUUCCCUACGAGUUACUCAGUUGUUUGCUUUCUUCCACGGCAAAGCCACAAAACGCUCUCUAUGUUGAGGAGCUGAGACGGGCGAGGGGCUUAGCCGACUUGAUGGCAGCUAGGUACUCUGUUGUAGAGCAGAUCUCAGGCGAUCCAAAAUCAUGGUAUGGGAUUCAAAAUAUUGUCGCAAAGGAAACUGACUGUGCAUGCCUCUACAUUUCUGUUGGAGAAAAGCAUAUGCGCUACUGGAUUCUCAAAGCAACAGGGGCUAUUCUUUUUUCAAAAGAGGAAGUGAGCCUGGAAAAAAACGUGGUGACCGGAUUAGUCCCUGACUUGGAUGAGUUUUUUACGGAAAGUUUCCGUGGCCUUGGCAUUUUACCCGAACAGGAUUGCGAAGAUCGAUCUCUAGAUGACGCCGAAUCGGUGUCACUUUACCAUGAAAAUCACCCGCUCUUGCGCGAUUGUGAUGACAAAGGUAUCAAGACAAAUCUUCACUUGUGCUACAAGAUAAUCAUCGCUCCUGUGGCUGCUUUACUGAAGGAGCCCGAAAUUAUCAUUGUCCCUGAUUCCUGUAUGUAUCAGGUACCAUUUGCGGCCUUAACUGACGAUGGAAGAAACUUUGUAUCAGAAACUUUUAGGUUACGCAUCGUUCCCUCUUUGACGACUCUCAAGCAUAUUCAGGACAGUCCCCCAUACUAUCACAGUCAAACAGGUGCACUGAUAGUGGGUGACCCUCGGGUUGGAGAGGUGAUUUACAAGGGAAGACGCAUGAAUAUAACACAAUUGCCAUGUGCAAGAAAGGAAGCAGAGAUGAUUGGAAGACUUCUUGGAGUGACACCUUUGAUUGGAGAUCGCGCGACAAAGCAGGCUGUACUUCAAGCAAUACAUUCAGUGAGUCUGGUCCAUUUAGCUGCCCAUGGUGAUGCUGAAAGAGGAGAGAUUGUCCUUUCCCCAGAGUGUUCCGCUGACUAUGUUCCACGAGAAGAAGCCUUCCUCUUGACCAUGGAGGACAUUUCACGAAUUAAGCUGCGAGCUAAACUGGUUGUGCUUAGCUGUUGUCAUAGUGCACGUGGACAGAUUAAAGCCGAGGGCGUUAUUGGAAUCGUUCGAGCGUUCUUAGGAUCCGGUGCUCGCUCAGUGUUAGCGGCACGGUGGGCCUUAGAUGACACAGCCACAGAGAAGUUCAUGACUUGUUUCUACGAGCACUUGUUCCGCGGUGAAAGCGCCAGUGAAUCUCUUCACAAGGCUAGGAAAUGGAUGAGAAACAAUGGCUUUGUAGAAGUCUCCAAGUGGGCGUCUUUUAUGCUGAUUGGCGACAACGUGACGUUUGAUUUUGCAAAUUGGCCUGUGUCUACUACAACCAAAUAGCCAUGAAUCAAGUAAACCCGCUGUAACGGAAUGUGCUGGACUGAG